AUGCUCGGACACAUCGACGAGCUGAACAACAGCUUUGCCAAUCUGCAGAGCAUCCUCAACAGAAAGGACGUGCCAGACAGCCAAUGCUUUGCGGCCGUGGAGCUCGCGAGGCAGAGGCUGGAUCUCUUCAGCGAAGAUAAGGUCGAAGCCAAUCGUGUGGCUCCGAAAGCAAAGAAGGCCAAGAAGGUACAAUUACUGGCGGAUCGAGCUGUGCGUUGGUGCGAAAGUCAUGGAGGCCAGAUUUCACGCAAGGAUUUAGUCUGGAAGAUGUCCAAACUCGGUGCAUGCGGCCAGCAUCCUCAAAACUGCGAGCGUGACCUGCAAACUGUGAUCAAGCACUACGGCCUGAAGAUGGGUGUUGACAUAGACUUGGUCCCUGUCAGACUCUUCAACCCGACUUCUGAGGAGAUCUAUGAAACUAAGCUACCAUGUCUCUGCCCAGUGUCACUGGCGACGGCCAUCUGGACGGAGGGAGCAGACAUCUUCGAAUCCAUUUUCAUGGGUGCUGCUGGCAAAGCUGGAGCUCGCAAGUUUUGGACGAAUGCCAAAGCUAAUGCUUCCUGGUUCCAAGGUUCUACGCUGCCAGAAGACUGUUAUGAGGGUCUUCUGCCUAUCUUCAUAUAUGGAGACGAUGUGGAUGCCUACAGGAAUUCCGAACAGGGAGCUGUGUCGGCUAUUGGAUGGGGCUGCGACUUCGGCUACAAGCGUGAAGCACUGUUGCAAAACUUGCUACUCUGUGUUUAUGCAGAGUAUACAGCGUGUGAACACACCCACGACGAUAUCAUGCGAUAUGCUUGUGAGAAGUUUAGCCACAUGGCUGAUGCACGCAUCAAUCAUCCUUGGCACAUUGGUGGCUACAGGUUCCAACUCUUCAGCUGCAGAGGUGAUCUCAAAUGGAUCAAUGGCAAAUACAAGAUUCAUCACUACACGCGCGUCGCGGACGAGUUCUGCAGCAUGUGCAGUGCCUGCAAGAAGCAUGCAGAUGUGCGCCGCACAUUUACUGACUUUCGCGACAGCUCGCUGCACAAGCAAGAACGGGUGAGCAAUGCAGAGUACAUGGCAAGCAAACCGUUGGAGGAGCUGCCAGUUCCUAUGGUUCAUGGGGGCGUGCAGCUCUGUCGGUUCCUACACGACACCACCCAUUCGCAGCUGCUGGGCACGUCAAAAGUGCUCAAUGGGAGCGUGCUGACAUACUUGAUUGAAGCCGGUGAGUUCGGACAAUUUCCCAGGACAGGAAUUUAUGAACAUGGCUUCCAAUCCUUGUGUCGGCCUGCUUUUCUUCACUUCAAGGCGUGGCUGAAGACAAACAACUUGACUGCGACGCAGCCGCGAUUCACUGCAUCGAGGCUCAACCGCAAGCAUCGUGGUCAGUUUCCUUGUCUUGCGAGCAAAGCCAUUAACGGCAAACGCGUGUCAUUUUGGCUUGCUGGUGUUUGUGCAGAGCGGCUGCGCCGAGCAGAUGCGACUGAGCUUGAUGAACUUUUCUGCACGUGCGUCUGGAGCUACUGCUCUAUGUUGCGCCUCUUCGACACGGCCGACUUGGUUCUGACGGAGGCGCAAGCUUCAGAUAUGCGCAAGUACGGCAGCUUGCAUCUGUUGAGCUACGCGUAUUUGCGCAAGUUGAGCGCCCGGUCAGUCAAGAAACAGUUCCUUCGGUCGAGCUUCUGUAUAUUACCAAAGCACCACUUCCUACAACACGCCUUAGACGAAGCCAUGCUGAGUCGGGUCAACCCAGGGGCUUACAACCUCUUAGCCGCCGAGAGCUGGGUGGGAACAGUGGGGCGGAUAUCACGGAAGGUUCAUCGUCGAAAGGUGGCGCGAAGAACCAUCGAGCGAUAUCUGUGCGUGCUGCGGCUGCGUCUCACCCGCUACGAGAAGAGGAUGCAGUCGAGGUGA